AUGUCGGCGGACCUCCUCGCCUCGAUGUCGGGUGUCAAGGUCCUCGGGAACAAGCUCUGCCCAUCGUGCCGCGCCUUUGCGACGACCAGCGACGACAUCAUCCACGACGCGCAGCGCGCCGUAGCGGCGAACGUCGCCAAGAAGAAGACCUUCCAGAGCGUCAUCGUCGACAACAAGGUCGAGGUCGCGCGCGCGGCGGGCAAGGUCAAGGCGAUGGCGGCGCGCGACGGGAUUGGCUUUUGCCCAAACUUCAACCAGACCGCCCUCCCGUGCAAGACCAGCGCUCGCUGCCGCUACGCGCCGUGCGUCAACUUUGAGGCGCUACACACCGCCUUCAAGGACACAGUCUACGAGCGCAUGCCGAGCGCGGUCAGGCUGGGCACGAGCCGCGGGCGGCGCGCAGACCGGCGCGGCGGACGCGGCCGCGGCGGCACCAAGAAGGACUGGGCGAGUAUCGCUCGCGGAGCCGCCCGCUCCCCCUACGACGGCGGCCCACGCCUCGAGUCGAACGAGGCCUCGCUCUACGAGGGGAGCGACGAGGAGUUCUAG